AAAACUGCAUCUCAUCAUUCUUGCCUCGAACUCCGAACAAAACCUUUCUCUGUUGACUUUUACUUGUUGUCAUCAUAGAUUCGAAGUUGAAUCUUCCAAGCAGUGCAGUAGUAGUAGACGCAUUUGUUUUAUUGAGACUAACAAAACUAACUAAUAAUGUCAGACCAAGCUGCCAACAACACCUACGACAAGCAUGUCCUUGAUAUCCCUGCAACGAAAGCACCAUCACAAGUGCAAAUUACCUGGAUGGCCCGUAUCGCCGUCUUUAUUGCAUUUCCAUCGCUCGUGGGUUGUUUGGGUCUCUACAUGGGGUAUCUGGAAUCGCGGCGAAAACCGGAACGAAAACUGAGUAUGGAAGUGGAUUUUAUCAUGCCCUUCUUGCUGGCACUAUCCAUGGCCAUUGUGGUGGGAUUCCAAACCAAGGGAUACACCACUACCAAGGUAGAACCUCUGGUCAAAUGGCCCAAGGUGCGAAAAAAGAAAGUCAUUCGAAAGGUUCGAAAAGAAGAUCUGGACGACCAAGUAGUAGUGGAAGAAGAAGAAGAAGAAAUUGUCGAAGCAAAGGAUCCAGCAACCAAAAAAGAUGACUAAACAGAUUUUAGUUGGCCUACGUGAUCAUGCAGUGGCACCGGUAUGAACAUCAUUGUCUCUGAGAUUCGUGUCCAUGUUAAAUUUCAAUUACAAUCUGCAGUGUGGGGUACGCGAUAGCCAAUAUAUGUUCAAUCCCCUAGAUUCAUUUUCUAGAUCCUUGCUACUAGCUAGUACUCAAUUUCGAAGCUGUGGCUUUGUUGGAACUCAAGUAACGGCAA